AUGACCCUAUCCUCAGUCAAGAAAUCCCGCAUGUCCCUCGCGAAAUGUUUCGUGUCCUCCAUGUACGGCGGCAUGCUUCUCUCCUUCGGCUGUACAUUCGUUCUCGCCGUCAACGCUUCACCGUGGUUCGCGACAAACGCCCCGGGUGUAUUGGCGUUGAUCAGGGCACUUGUCUUUCCGGUUGGUUUGAUCAUGAUUGUGCUGACGGGCGCGGAUUUGUUGACGAGUAAUGUUAUGUUGAUGGUGAUUGGGGUGCUGAGGAGGAAGGUUACGCUUUGGCAGUUGUGUGUGAAUUGGGUUGUGUCGUUUUUUGGGAAUUUGUCGGGGAGUUUGUUUUUCAUGGCAAUCAUCAUUCAUUAUGGCAACAUCUUCCAUACGCCUGCACAGAUCUCCGCAACGGCGACCUUCGGCAACCAGAAGGUGUUGGACCCAGCCUGGCACGAAAUCUUCCUCCGCGGCAUCGCCUGCAACUGGCUCGUCUGCCUGGCCGUGAUCCUCGGUACAAUGUCCCGCGAAGUCAUCUCGAAGAUGGCCGGUAUCGAAUUUCCCACCGCAACCUUCAUCGCCUGCGGCUUCGAUCACGUCGUUGCCAACUUCUUUUUCCUCCCGACUGCAAUGUGGGCUGGAGCGGAUUUCGGUGUUGGGUAUUACAUCUGGAAGAGUUUGAUUCCGAGUUUAUUGGGGAAUAUUGUUGGUGGAGGACUAUUUUGCGGGGCCGGGUAUUGGUAUUUGUAUGUUCAUGAUGAGGAGAUGCCUGAUUACAGAGGUGAGAAUGUGCUCGAGGGAGCGGAGGUCUCCGAGCUGGGUGGACCUACUGGAUCGGGACACUCGAGCUUCAAGAAGAACAGGGAGGACUCUGAGUUUACGCUCCGCAACGGACAGCAUGGCGGGAUGGAUCAGUCGAGGGGGCCGGAGGAGAUUGUUUGA